AGAACAUCUAAAAUCGUAUUAUUUCAAAAAAUGGGAUAUUCUAGAAUACCCAUCAUGCAAUUUUGAGUGCCGCCAUUUUUCUUUCUGCGGCACAAACAAAUAUUUGAUAGUUUUUCUCUCAUAUUAUACGCUAUACAAGUUCAAAACACAAUUAAGAUGCCUGACAAAUUAGAUAUGAGCCUUGAUGAUAUCAUCAAGUCUAGCAAAGGUAACAAGAGAGGCGGAGGAAGAGGUGGUGGGCGAGGAAACUCACAGCGUGGGUCGAGACGGGGGACGGGAAAUUUCAGAAAAAGUGGAAGCGCUGGUGGACGAGGUGUGUCAAGAGGUGGAGUUCAAAAGAGAAGGACCUCAGGUGGUGGAGGAGGUGCAUAUUCCAGACCAAAGCAGAUGCCAGAUGUUUGGCAACAUGACAUGUACGAGGGUGCAGCCAGCGGAGGAAGGAGAACAGGUGGUGGAGGAAUGGUAACAUCAAACAGCUCAGGAAAACUUCUCGUAGAAAACUUAGAUUUUGGUGUCAAUGACUCAGAUAUUCAGGAAUUGUUCGCCGAAUUUGGUCCCCUUAAAAAGGCAGCCAUCCACUAUGACAAAUCUGGAAGAUCUAUAGGCACUGCAGAGAUAAUCUUUGAAAGACACGGAGAUGCAGUUAAAGCAAGGAAACAAUAUAAUAAUGUACCUUUAGAUGGUAGGGCCAUGAAUAUACAAUUAGUCGGAGAAAUCUCUUCAGCACCCGUCUCAGUAAAAUCAAGAACAGGUCCUAGAAAUCAAGAUAGGUCUAGUGGUGGUGGUGGUGGUGGAUACAACCAAUCCAGACGUGGGGGCCAGCGAGGAGGUCGAGGUGGAAAGAAGGAGUCAAUGACAGCAGAGGAAUUAGAUGCACAACUUGAUGACUAUAAUGCAAAGAUGGAAACUGAUUAACAAAAAAGAGAUAUAGAAACAUUGUACAUAUUGACUUCAUCCAGGAGCUGGAACAUCCAACUAUUUCUGGCUUAUUUAUAGUGAGACAGGACUAUACAUAGCUGGAGAAUCCAUCAAUAUCUUGCUCCAUUAUGACUGGGAGGAACUAUAGAAAUGGAAAGUGGUGUUUUAGACUUUGGACACAGUGGAUUGUGCCGCUGUUUCUCGUUAAGAGAAUAUUUUAGCUGACAUUUCGCAUUCCAGGAUAAUAUUUUCAUCAAAUCCCUGCAGCGAUGACUUGUUUUAAUUUUGUCUAAAGUAUUUUCUCUUGGCUAUAUUUAACUAAUAUCAGUUGAGCUUGCUCCAUAUCACUUCUUUUAAUAAAUAAGCUGAAAAGAAUCAUGCUAAAUAUUUUAUACCUACAGAAUUAAAAACAUAUUUUUCUACAAGCAAUGAAAUUGUCACUGUAAGAAGAUCAAAUGUAACAUGAAAUCUUGAUUAUUCAUUUCUUUAUGAAUCUCAAGUUUUCUCUACUAUGUAUUCAUUUAAAGAUGUAUUUUUUCACAAUAUUAAUUUUCAUUGAAUAGUUUGGUCUAAAUGCUCUAACGUGGAUUUGACAUACAAUAUACUCAUUGUUUGAGUGAUAUCACACUAAGUGAGUUACUCAUUUAUCACAACAUUGUUUUUAUUCAUAGUUCAGAUGAGGCUGACUCAUAUCUUUAGUGUACAAAUGUAUAGAACUAUCAAAUGCAUCAUGUAUAGUGUAAAAUAUAAGCUACGUGAUUGUCUAACUGACUUAUUCUUUUCAUUAUUCCUAAAGUGUUCACUGUGUUUCAGUACUCACCUGAUAAGUAAUGUUUUAGCAUAAUGUUACAUUAAAUAGUCCUAUGAUCUCAUGUUUUAAUUCACACUUGUGUUUUUAUAUGUGAAUUUGAAUACGUGUAUAAGCAUUUCAUUUCUAUUAUUUUGAAGGACAUCAACUGUGAAUUAGAAUUUGAAUUGUAAAUGUUCUUGCUGUGCCAUCUGAAAAAUAAAAUGGUUUUGUACUAAAGUAA